CUAAGUGCCAAAAAGGUGAGGCAAAAAAUCUUGUUCUACUGGGUGGUUCCUGUUUGAAACAUAUUAAGUGGUUAGUAAUACUUGAGAAUUCCAACAGAAUUUGUCUUCUCAAAAGACCAUUGUUCUUUCUUCUUCUUCUCCUCCUCCCCUCCAUUCAUCUUUAAUCUCAAAAAGGCUCUUCCUUUUUCUCUCCUCAAAAGAACUUUUCAAUUCUUUUCCAUGGCCUCCUUUGCAAACUCCACGUUUUCAAUAUCACCCUUUGCUGUUACUUGCAAAAACUAUAGACCAUUUCUCUCUCCAACCUCCGUCUCUCUAAAACCCAUUUCCAUCAAAGCUUCCUCUGCUUCCCUGGAUUACUCUACACCCUCCUCUGUCAUUGAACAGAAACCCCUCGAACCCACUAAGACAAAUUGUUGGGAAUGGAAGUUCAAGGACAAUGUAAUUCAUAUAUACUAUGAAGAGCAUGAGAAGGAGAAGGUGAGCAAUGAUCCUCCAAAGAAUAUUCUUAUGAUUCCAACAAUAUCUGAUGUAAGCACUGCGGAAGAGUGGAGAGCCGUAGCUAAAGACAUUUUGGAAAGAUCUGGUAAAGCCAAUUGGCGUGCAAUUAUUGUUGAUUGGCCUGGUUUGGGAUACUCUAGCAAGCCAAAGAUGGAUUAUGAUGCUGAUUUGAUGGAAAAAUUCAUAGUUGAUUUUAUUAAUGAGAUAAGUUCCCCAGAAAACGAUUUGAUUGUCUUUGGAGGAGGUCAUGCUGCUGCAAUAGCAGUUCGUGCAGCAAAAAAGCGGUUGGUGAAGCCAAAAGCUAUUGCUGCUGUUGCUCCAACCUGGGCCGGUCCCUUGCCUAUUGUGUUUGGUCGAGAUUCCAGCAUGCAAACAAGGUAUGCGCUGCUGAGGGGCACCUUAAGAGCUCCAGCUGUAGGGCGGAUGUUGUAUAAUAUGCUUGUGAGCAAUGAGGGCGCAAUUGAGUCGCAGUAUAAAUCUCAUGUCUAUGCAAAUCCUAAAAAUGUGACUCCAACAAUUGUUCAAAGCAGAUACAAUUUAACAACGAAGAAAGGAUCCCGAUAUGUGCCUACUGCUUUUUUGACUGGUCUCCUUGACCCUGCUAAUUCCCGAGAGGAGUUCCUUGAACACUUUGCUGAUUUGGAGGGGAAGAUGCCCAUUCUGGUUGUGUCAACUGAGGGGUCUCCAAAGAGAUCAAAAGCAGAGAUGGAAGCUCUCAGGGAAGCCAAAGGAGUAAGCAAGUUUGUUGAGGUUCCUGGUGCCCUUUUGCCUCAUGAAGAGUACCCUACUAAGGUGGCAGAGGAGCUUUACCAGUUUUUGCAAGAGAAUUUUGAAGUCAAUGCUUAGAAUCCUUCAUGAUGGAGCUUCUAACUUCCAGGGAACAAUUUUUUUCCACAACAAUCAUGCUCAAUCAUUUUUGCAUUGCUAGUCAGAAUGGUUGUGUCAAUGCAAAUGUACCCAAAAGGAUACCCUGUACAAUGAUAUCUUUAUAUAUAUUGCACCUACAAUAGGAUCAACAUUGUUCAUCUUCCGGAAAGCAAAAAGUAAUGGAUGAGAAAUAUUUUGGGGGUACUGAUGAAGGGAAGUUAUAUAAUCUACAUCAUCAUCCGAUUGGCAGAAAAAUUGCCUGCACUUUAUGGUGAUCUAUGAGGAUUAUGCAUCUUGUUUAGGCUUUUGUUCAAUACUGAAUAUAGUUGCUUGAAUCCCCUAGAUGGUUUUCCUUUCUAAAGUAUUGGUUUCAUCUCAUGAGGACAAGAUCAUGUUUGUGUAACUAUCUCUUUUGCUUUCUAUGUUGUUUAACUUUAGCUCACCCCUUUUCCCUGGGGAUGAUAGCAGAAAAGAUAAAAGAGAUGUCAAAUCAAAGUUCAUCCAAGCCCAAGAUUCUGAUA